UAUUAGAGAAAUUGUGUGACAUGUUUAGCUAGCGGGGCCAGGUUUUAAGCUACAGAUAAAACAAAGACGGCGGAACUACAAGUGACGAGGCGCGAUGAUACACCCGGAGGGUUUAGCGGUGUGACAGCAGAGCUCGUUCUCGGAUUGGCAGUGGCGAAAGGAGGCCCAUGUGGUAGAGAGCGGGCCAUAGACUGUAGCACUUUCUGAAGGUCUCACUUGAUUAUUUGGGCAUCUGAAUGUUCGCGUAACCUGCUUUGAAAAUGCUGCUGGAAGCGUCGGAUGGGGGUGAAACGGUUGUCUACAGAGCAGCUGCCGCCUCUGCACAGGUUCAGGUGGAGCCUGUGGGUCGGUGGUUUGAGGCCUACAUAAGGAGGAGAAACAGGAAUGUGUCGUCUUCCUUCCAGGAGCUGGAGGAAGAGGAGGAGUCCUCAGAAGAGUCGGCAGAUGAGGAGUUUCAGCUGGAGGAGUACUCCAUGCUCCGAAAACUUGAUCCUAAAGACUGGAAGAAUCAAGAUCACUAUGCUGUGCUUGGGCUUCCACACCUGAGGUACAAGGCGACACAGAAACAGAUCAAAGCUGCCCACAAAUCGAUUGUGCUGAAGCACCAUCCUGACAAAAGGAAAGCUGCAGGAGAGCAGAUUGUGGAAGGAGACAAUGACUACUUCACCUGUAUCACUAAAGCUAUGGAAAUCUUGUCCGACCCUGUGAAGAGGAGAGCCUUCGACAGUGUAGAUCCUACCUUCGACAAUUCCAUGCCUUCCAAGAGUGAAGGGAAAGAGAACUUUUUCGAGGUAUUUGCUCCUGUUUUUGAGAGAAAUGCCAGAUGGUCUUCCAAGAAACAUGUGCCCAAACUUGGAACUGUGGAGUCCUCUUUUGAAGAAGUGGAUAAUUUUUACUCUUUUUGGUACAACUUUGACUCCUGGAGGGAAUUUUCAUACUUGGAUGAAGAGGAAAAGGAAAAGGCUGAAUGUCGUGAUGAGAGGAGAUGGAUUGAAAAGCAGAACCGAGCUUCGAGGGCUCAAAGGAAGAAGGAGGAGAUGAACAGAAUACGAACACUAGUUGAUACUGCCUACGGCUGCGACCCUAGAAUAAAGAAAUUCAAAGAAGAAGAAAAGGCCAGGAAGGAGUCUGAGAAGAAAGCCAAAGCUGAGGCCAAGAAGAGAGAGCAGGAAGAGAAGGAGAGGGCCCGGCGGGCGGAGCUGGAGGCAGCUCGACUGGCAAAGGAAAAGGAGGAAGAGGAAGCCAAGCAGGCCGCCCAGCAGGCCAAGAAAGAGAAGGAGAUCCAGAAGAAGGCGAUCAAGAAGGAGAGGCAGAAACUCAGGACCAUGUGCAAGAACUGGAACUACUUUGCAGACAACGAGGCUGACAGUGUGAAAAUGAUGGAGGAAGUGGAGAAACUCUGUGACCGCCUGGAACUAACAAGCCUGCAGUCCCUCAAUGAAGUGUUGUCCUCGGGAUCUAAAGAGGAGAACAAGGCAGCAGUGGAAAAGCAGGUGCAGGAGGUCAAUGCUCAGCUGCAGAAGGAGAGGGAGGCUGAGAUCCAGGCCAGGCAGGCGGCUCGCAGCUCUGAGCAGGCCAGCGGGGGAGCGGGCGGGGGGAAGGGCUGGAACGAAGAGGACCUCCAGCUGCUCAUCAAAGCAGUGAACCUGUUCCCUGCUGGAACCAAUGCCAGGUGGGAGGUUAUUGCCGACUAUAUGAACAUGCACUCCACCAGCGGCAUGAAGAGGACGGCCAAAGAUGUAAUCAACAAAGCCAAGAACCUCCAACGACUCGAUCCUGUGCAGAAAGAUGAAAUAAAUAGAAAAGCAUUUGAAAAGUUCAAGAAGGAGCACACAUCAGUGCCGCCCUCCAUCGACAACGCUGUGCCCUCAGAGAGGUUUGAUGCCUCGGGCAGUGAUGGGAAUGCUGCCCCCUGGACCACAGAGGAGCAGAAACUUCUAGAACAAGCCCUGAAGACCUACCCAGUCAACACGCCUGAGCGCUGGGAGAAGAUCGCAGCUGCUGUGCGUGGACGAAGCAAGAAGGACUGUAUGAAGCGGUAUAAGGAACUGGUGGAGAUGGUCAAAGCCAAGAAAGCUGCUCAGGAACAAGUGGCAGCCAAAAAUAAAAAAUGACAAGAACCACGAGUUAAUAGAAUCUGUUAUUUUAACAUUAUUGUGUUGGUCUUUAUUUUAUAAUAAAAAGAAGGAAAAAAUAACGUGACACGA